AUGUCUCUGCUGCAUCGGCCCCCGGGGAGCCCCCCGACGCGCAGCAGCAGCAGCAAGCACAGCAGCAGCGGGAGCACUCGGCGCUGCAACCACAGAAGCAGACGCAGCAGCAGCAGCAGUAGCAGACGUAGCUGCUGCACAACAGACCUCAUGAGCCUCUGCCUCCCUGUAGAGACCCACCACUGCAGCAGGGCCCUUUGCUGCACUUGGCCGCAGCUUCCUGGGGGGCACCAGGGACCCUCUUCGGGUCCCCACUUCGCGCGAUUCACAAUCCCCUGCAGCAGCAGCAGCGGUAGCAAGUGCUGCUGCGGCAGCAGCCUCAUCACUGCGUCUGCGUGCGACGUGGAGAGAAGAUACACGUUUCCUGGGGCUUUCGGCAGCAGCAGCAGCGCAGCAGUAGCAGAAUCAGCGGCAGCAGCAGUACGUGAUGUGGAGUUUGGAGUUUGCUGCUCCUGCUGCUGCCAUGGGAGCAAGGCCACUCCUGGGCAGGUGAUUUGCUGCCCUUGCAGCAGCUGCAGCUUCCGCAACAGAGCCACAGCAGCAACAGCGGCAAAUAGCAGCAGCAACUGCAGCAACAGGAUCUCUACUGUCAGCACACCAGCCCACAGCAGCAACAGCAGCAGCAGCACGCCUCGCAGCUCUUAUACCCCCCACGAGAGAGAUGAGGCCUCUGUUCAGCAGCAGCAGCAGCAACAACAGCUGCAGCAGCUGCACGGGGUGCAGCUGCUACGUGAGCAGCAGGAGCAGCAGCAGCAGGCUGUCCAAGAGCAGAUGCAGAAGCGGAAGGAGCGACUUCAGGAGGAACGCGAGCAGCAGCAGCAACAGCAACGCCAUGAGCAGCAGCAUCAGCACCAGCAGGGUCCAGAGGAGCAGCAGCAAUUGCAGCAGCAGCAGCAUCACGUGCAGGCGCAGGUGAAUAGAUACGAAGAAGCAGAAAAAAGUGUGUGCGCAGCAGCAGCAGAAGCAGCGGAAGGCUCACAUUGCCAGCAGCAGCAGCAGAGGCAACAGAAAGGAGCUGGUACGGCAACUGUCUCGUACAGAGAGCAGAGUCCCCCAUGCGGCGAAGCACCCACGCAGGAGCUGCAGCAGCAAGAGGAGCAGCAGCAGCAGCAACGGCAGCAGGAGCAGGAGCAGCAGCAGGAGAAAGCUGAGGUAAAUAGAUCAACUGUGGAGCAAGUAGACACAGCAGCAGCAGCAGCAGCAGCAACAGCAGAGUCAGCGAAUGAGGCAGCGGAAGCUAAGCCGAUAGCGUGGAUUGGAGGAGUAUCUAGAACAGCAGAGGAUGGGGCAGAAGUAACGGCAGCAUCAGGUGCUGCUGCUGCUGCUGUUGCUGCAUCAGCAUCCAGCAGCUCCCCGCAGCCAAGCUUGGGCCCUUCUAUAGGUCUGGUGUCUCCUUACAGCAGCAGAGACAACACCCCUGUCUCUCUUUUUUCUGGUGCUGCCGAUGGAGACUGCCGCACCGCUGCUGCUACCCCAGAGGUGGGGCUGCAGCAGCUGGCAGCAGCGGCAGCAGCAGCAGCUGCCGCUGCUGCUGCUCCGGCCGAGCAGAUGCAGCGAAAUCCGGGGGCUUGCGACGUCCAGAAGCAGCAGACCUUUGCGGCUGCCCAAAGAAGUGACACCCUGCAACAGCAGCAGCAGCAGCAGCAUUGUAACUACAAGCAACAGCAAAAGGAGCCUGCUAGCGAACCUAUCUCGUUGUCCCACCUGUGCGAAGAAGCAGCAGCAGCAUCAUUCUCAGCAGCAGAGGAGCAGCAGCUGCUGCUGCAGUUCGAGAAGGCAAUAGGCUGCCAUACUGCUACUGGCCGCUCUGCAGCAACACCAGCAGCAGCAGCAGCAAAAGCAGCACGAACUGCAGCAGCAAAUGAAGCAGCCAUCCCUGAUGCCCAGAGAGAGCUUCACCUGCAGCAGGGGCCUGCUGCCUGUUCUUUAAGCGCUCCAGCAGCAGCAGAAGCAACAGCAGCAGCUGCUGCGACUGCUGCUGCUGCUGCUGCUAGCCGCUCCUUUACUGCGCAGAGGCAUUUGCUGCAGAAGAUGAGGGAGGGUCUCUCUGCACUGCGGCAGCAACAACUGCAGCAGCUAGUUGAAGAGGAGGAGCAGUUGCUCCUUUUGGAGAAGCAAAAACAGGCGAUCCUGGCAGAACUGGGCGGCGAGUUCGGCCGCAGCAGCAGCAGCAGCAGCACGGUGUUGCAGGUGGAACCCCCCGGAAGUCGCGGGGGAGCAUCUGAUGACCUUCAGCUUAUCUUAGGAGCGAACAGCCCCCAGGCUGCACCUGCUCUUGCUGCAGCAGCGCUGCAGCAGCAGCAGCAACAGCGGCAGCAGCAGCAACACAGCGACAAUUAUGGUGUGCAGGAAAUGGCGAUGUCGGCUGCUGCCUUUUUCAGUUUGUCAACCGCCCUGCAGCGGACAGCGUCUCAAAACCAGCAGCAGCAGCAACAGCAGCAAAAGCAGCAGGACAGCGUUGCUGCUGCGCUGCAGCGCGUUGCUCUUUCCGAGCAGACCCUUGCUGAUUCACUGCUGCUGCUGCGGGCAGCAGCAGCAGCAAACCCUAAGGACACGGGGGCCCUGCUGGCGCUAGCUGCCGUUGCUCUUUACUACAGAGAUUAUAAGGAGGCAGAGGAGAGGUUCCACCAGCUGCUGCAGCUCCUGCAGCUCCUGCCCUCCCACAGCAUCAAACCGGACGCGCCAGCAACAGCAGCAGCAGCAGUAGAUCAAAGACCCUUGCUGCUGAGGCUUCCGCAUUUGCUGCCCGCUGCGCUGCUGUGCGGUGAAGACGCAGCAGCCCUAUUUUCUUGCUUUGCAGAGGCGCAGCAAGCAGGCCCGUUGCUUGUUUGGCCAGCAGCAACAGCCGCACGAGCAAAAGGAGCAGCAGAGGAGAAUGAACAGCGACAGCAAAUCCGGCGAGCUGCUCUCAUUGCAGGGCCGCUUGAGUGGUUCUGCUGCAAGAGCCUCGGCCGCCUAGCCCUAGCUUUCGCACCUCCUGCUGCAGCACGGCUCCCGCUGCAGCGGGCGCUUGCAGCAGCUUCUACAGCAGCAGCCACGGAAGCAGCAGACGACUCCCUAUGGGCGUUGUAUGCGCAUAUGCUGCUGAAGCAGCGGCAGGAGGCUGCUGCAGCUCUGGCGCUGCAGCUGGCCCUGGCAGCAGCUGCCCGCCGCUGCAGCAGCAUGAGCAGCAGCCUAUUGCAGGACGAAACGGAGGCGCUGGGCAAGCUUCUGCGCACCACGGCAGAUCCGAACGACGCAGUUGUUGCUGCGCUCUCUGCUGCAGCAGAACGGGCAGCAGCAAGACCCGCUGCGGCUGCGCCAAGCAGCAAAGGAGCAGCAGCAGCCAGUGCCGCUGCUGCAGCGUCUAUACAGUGCAAGGCGCUUACCAGCUCAGCCCUCAACUUAGUUAUUUCCAUCCCGUACUCCCAGCUGCAGAGAAGAGCUCGGAGCCUUGCUGCAGCUUCUGCCGCUGUUUCUGCUGCUGGCAGCUGCAGCAGCGACGAGUCCUCUGUUGCUCGCUGGCAGCACAUGCAGGCGGAGGUAUUCUCUUGCCAUGCGCAGCGGUUGCUGCAGCAGUGCAGCGCAGCAGCAGAAGCAGCGGCAACAGAGCCGCAGCUGCUGCGCAAGCAGCAGGCCUUUACCUUGCUGGCGGACGCAGAAAGAGUCUGCGACGCUCUGCUGCUGCAGCGCCACCUGCCCGCCCGCAUUCUUGCUGCUGCUUUGUCUGCCAAGGCUCUUGUCUACCUGCUCAGCAGCAGCAGCAGCAGCACAAGGUGCAGGAACCAAGAAGCACUUAAAGCAGCAAGAGCAGCAGUCAGGCUGACAACAGACAUGCAGAGCCAGACGAGGCUGGGCCUGGUGCUGCUGUGCUGCUGCUGCGACGCAGAAGCAAUAGCUGUGCUACUUGCUGCGCUGCAGCGGCGGCGAGCUGCCUACACUCCAGAGCUCAUAGGUUGUGCUGCUUCCUACCUUGCUGUUGCUGCUGCCAGGGAGAGACACCGGCUGCUGCUGCUGCUGCAGCAGACGCACCACCGAAGCAACGCCAGAGCAGCAGCGCUGCAGCAGCAACUGCAGCAGUUGCAGCGGCUGGUCUCCGUGUCCCUGCAUGCUGCUGUAUUGCACCUGCCGCAGUUGCGCAUUUUGCUGCGGAAUGCGCUCAGCUGCAGCAGCAGCGGCAGCAGCAACAGCAGCAGUAAUAGCAGCAUGAGGGGAACCGUGCUUUUAGGUCUGGGGUACCUGCCGUUAGUUGAACCCCUUGCUUCCGAGCUGUGGACGCUGCUGCAGCAGCUCGCCGGCAGCGGCAGCAGCAACAGCAGCAGCAGCAGCAACAGCAGCACCACCACUUGCAGCAGUUCCUAUGGGCGCGGAGAAUUAGAGGGUCGGUCUGCGAAGGAGCUUUUGGCUUUCAUUUCGUCUAUUGGGAAUGAGGUUAAGUCAGCAUGGGCUUCUGCAGCAGCAGCCGGAGCAGCAGCGCCAUCAGCUGCUGCUCCUCCUGCUGCUUCAGCGACUGCUGCUGCUGAAGCAGCAAGUUUUGCCGCUGCUGCGACAGGCCAGAGGGUGCUGCGCGUGCCGCAGAAACAUGUAGCAGCAGCAGCCGCAUACUUUGCUGCAUCCCCAAAACCAGUGCAGCAGCAGCUGCUGCAGCAACAAGAGCUACAGCAGCAGGAGCUACGGCAGCAGCAGCGGCUGCUUCUACAGGAGUCUGCAGGAGCAGGGCAGCAGCGAGUGAAAUCUCCCCCGCGUCUGCUGCCAGUCCUGAACUCGCAGGUGUCUUCUGUUUGUGAGCCGCCUCCAGCUCCACCUACCAAAGCAGCAGCAGCAGCACCCGCUGCUGCUACUCAGCAGUCAGCGGCGGCGGCAGCAGCAGCGAAAGCAGAUGCAGCAGCGCAGCGGCUUCUUCAGGACAAAUUGUUUGAGCGUUUCUCGGCGCAGCUACCAGAGCAGCAGCACCGGCGCUCCUUGCCCGAGGCAACGCCUGGGGCAGAUGCAGCAACAGCAGCAGCAGUAGCAGCAGCAAGAGCUGCUGCCGCUGCUGCUGCUGCGGCUGCGGAGCGCCACCGACGCGGCAACGAAGCCAAUGCAUGCAGCUCUGGCCCGCUAACUUUCCAGGGCAUUGAGUCUAGCUCUUCAGCGCGGACGCAGCAGCAGCAGCAGCAGCCGCAGCAGCAGCAGCAGCAGCAGCAGCGAGUGCAGCAGCAACAGCAGAUGCAGGUCCCUACGCAACUGCAGCAGCAGGCAAACCAAGCACAUCUGCAGCUGCAGCAGCAACGAAUGCUGGUGCAGCGCCAGCAGGACGUACUGCAGCUGCAGGAGCGGCAGGAGCCACCUCAACAGCAUCGACAGUCCAGAGAGAGACAAAGUGCACAAGAAGGCGUAAAGACUCCGUUGACACCGCAGCUAGGAGCACCAGAAGCAGCAGCAACAGCUUCUGCUGCUGCUCCUCGUCCUGGUUUUGGUGCAUCUGGGUGCGUGCCCGCAGCAGGCGGCCAGCAGCCUGCAGCUGCUGAUGCAUUGGGCUUCUCAUCCUCAAGACCACUGGCAGCUGCUGCAACGCUGACAGCAGCGGCAGCAGCAGCAGCUCCACCCGCGGCUGGGAGACUAAUGGAAGCUCCGACAGACCCUCUGCCCCGACAACGGGUUUCUGCAGUGCGGCAGCAGCAUCAGCAACAGCAGCAACAGCGGCAGCAGCAUCAGCAGAUUUGGCGCCACUGGGACGCGUCCUUAGUGUCUUGUAGCUUCGCCACAACUAGCAGCGGGAGUAGCAGCAGCAGCAGUAAUGCUCCAAGCUUUUUGCUGCAUGACGUGGCAAUCCCACAAGGGCAAAGCGCGCAGCUGCAGCAACUGCAGCAACUGCACCAAGCUCCUUCCAGCCAGCAGCAACUAUACCAGCAGCAGCAGCAGCAAGCUCCGCUGCAGAAACUGCAGCCUGCGCAACUGCAGCAGCAGCAACAACAGCAGCAACAGCAACAGCAGCAGCAGCAGCAACAGCAGCUGCUUACUGGAUGUCUGGCUCAGCCCAUGACAGCCAACUCGUCUAAGCAACAUUGGCCACAGCAGCAAAUCCUGCAGCCGAAGCACGUGGUGCAGCAGCAGCAUCUACAUACUGCUGUCGUGCAAAACCCAGGGACACGCGCGGCGCCAGGGACAGCGCGGAACCAGCAGCAGCAGCAGCUGCUGCUGCUGCCUCCUCAACAUCAGCAGCAGCCGCAGCAGCAGCAACUGCUGCUCCACCAACACCAACAGACACAUGCUAACCGCGUCACACGCCUGGUGAAGCCACCGUCGAGCGCAGCAUUGCGGCACCGUCUGCAGCAACAGCAGCUUUUGCUGCAGCAGCAGCAACUGCACCACCAGCUGCAGCAGCAACUGCAGCAGCAACAGCACAUGCAGCAGCUACUGCACGAGCAGCAACAGCGCCACCAUGUCAUGUACCAGCCGACAGUGGUGCGGCCAGUGGGUACCCUCGUUCCGGUUGCAGCAGCAGGUCCAACAGCAGCAGCGGCAGCAGCAAUGCGCUAUGCUGCUGUGGGCGCGCCUCUACGGGCUUUCCCCGCGGCUGGAGAGAAGGUCUCUGCUGCGGGGCUUAUUCCUGUUGUUGCCCCAGCAUCUUCCACAGCAGCAACUGCAGCAGCAGCAGCAACAUCAGUUGCAACAGCAGAAAGAGAAAAAGCUGUUUUGCGGCGACUCUUGAGAGGCCUGCAGCAGCUGCCGCCGCUCUUCCCCCAAAAUAUGUUGCGGUGUCUGUACGAAAUUGGGAGAGGCGGGUUUUCAAGAGUGUGGGUAGCUGAGCUGCUGGUGCACCAGCGGCCUGCUGCUGCUGCUGCUGCUCCCGUUGCAACCGCUGUUGCAGCUCGCUGGCUGCCUGUGGCGCUGAAAUGCAUGCGCGUCUCUUGCUCGCAGCAGCAAGAAGCAGCAGCAGCAGGAGGAAGUGCGGCGGAGGCAGAAGAGGAGACAGUUUCGCUGCAGGAGCUACAACAGGAAGUACAGCAGUUGCAGGGCCUGGAACACCCGUGCAUAGUAAAAUUACUUGGGGUGUCCCUGCUCUUCAGCAGCAGCCACAGGCUCCAAGUGCAGAAAACGCAGCAGCAGCCACAGCAGCAGCAGCAGCAGCACUAUCGAGUGGCUCUUGUCAUGGAGCUCUGCAGUGGAGGCAGUCUGUAUUCGCUGCUGCACGAGCGGCGCGCUGCUUUGAAGGCUUCCGAGAGGCUCUCAAUUGCUCUUCACUUUGUUGCAGCUCUGCAUUACCUGCAUUCCAGGCCCACUCCAAUAGUCCACAGAGACAUAAAGUCCCUUAACAUCGUUCUGGACGGGGCGGGGAACGCGAAGCUGUGCGACUUUGGCUUGGCAGCAGAAGCAGAUGUGCAUUUGCCUUCUACGGGCUGCAGCAGCCGCAGCUUGACGGCUUCAAUGCGGCUAAUUCGCCCCAAGGAGCCUCUCCAGCCAGCCGGUUCUCCGCGCUACAUGCCCCCGGAGCUGGCUGCUGGAGUGGCAACUCAGCUGGAUCCGUCGCUUGACAUUUGGUCUGCUGCCUGCGUCUUGCUGGAGCUCUUUGGAGGUCCUUUGCCAUAUCACCGCUGCCAGACUUUUGAAGAAAUACAGAAGCAGCACGCGGAUAGAAUGCUACCAGUCUUUCCCCCCGAUCUCCCAGCACCCCUGGAGCAGCUGCUCCGCGCCUGCCUCGCCUUCGAGCCCCGGCAGAGGCCCUCCGCUGGGCAGUUGAUUCACAUAAGAAUGCAGCGAAUUCUGUGGGAUUUGAAGUGGUUGUUUGCGCAGAACGGGGUGAAGGGGAAGUCACUGUGCACUAUUGCUGUGGGUUUGUGA